AUGGGCGCUCACCCAAAAGGAGACGCCCUCAUCAAGGACAACAGGAUAGCCCGGAGGACGCUGGGCCAGUGGAUCGCAGACUACCCAGCAUGUUUGGGGUCAAAGGUCAAAGACACUUUCCAGGGCCAGCUGCCCUUCCUCUUCAAGGUCCUGUCGGUCAACACCGCUCUGUCCAUACAGGCCCAUCCCAACAGGGUAAGGGUUCAUAGAACACACUGUAGCAAAACAUUUUGCAGUGGAAAACGUUAACAAGCGUUUGUUAUUGGACAAAUUCAGAUUGGUCUUUCGUUCAGUGGCUACUAAAUAACCCUGAAACCAAAGAAAGGGGAGGAGGAGUUUACAUUUAUUUAUCUCAAGUAGAAAUUGUGUGUUUUCUUGAUUUGAUGCAUUCUGAAUUUAUUUUCAUUUUGGUAAUCAUAUUGUCCUUCCCCCAUUGGUCCACACACCAGGAGUUAGCUGGACGUCUCCAUGCUCAGUUUCCAGAGCAUUACCCUGACAACAACCACAAGCCUGAAAUGGCCAUCGCACUUACUCACUUUGAAGGCCUCUGUGGCUUCAGGCCUGUGGAAGAGAUCAUUGGCUUUCUCAAAUGUGAGUGGCAUACAGGGCAUAAAUGCGGGUAGCUUUAGGUAUUGGCGGGUAAGAUUGUCUAUCUGCAGGGCUCUACAGUGAGAGCAUCACAUUCACAAAUACAAAUAGUCAAAAGUCAAGUAUGAGCACGUGCGACUUGCGAUUUAUUGUAGAAAAAUGCUGCAGUAGCUGUUUUCAAAGUUUUUAUGCUGUUUUGUUUCAUAGCUGCUAAUCGCACAAAGACAUAGGAGUCCUAUAUGUCCCACCUCGCGUAGUAACACUGCUUGGCAGGAGAGCUGUGCGCUCUGAGUGAAGUGCUGAUAGAUUCAUUUUUGGAGGCGCUGCGCACAGGCAUAAAAGUAGGUCUAAUUUACUCAAAAGUCUACAAUGUGAUACUUUGUCCUCGUGUUUCUUGGCUAUUUACAUUGUUUUGUUCACAAGCUCAGUUGUUUUUCAACGUUAGUUUGAGUUUGCUGCCUCAACUGAUAGUGAAGAGACGCCCUAGUCAGAACCCAAAUCUCUCACACACGCCUGACACCACUGGAGUGGCCCCAUUACCACGGUAACCUCCCGCCCUUAAAGGGGCAGCUGAACAUUUUGUCUCAAGUGACAUUUUGGUUUAAAGACUCCGGUCACAAAAAAUUAAAUUAAAUUGAGCAAUAUACCACAUUACUUCUUACUAAUACAUUUCUUGUUUUAGAAACAUUACAAAUCAUGGGAUUAUUUAUCUAUUGAUUUGCGUAAAAAAUAUUUUGGCUGGUAAAAAAUCUAUCACAUCUUGCAGACUGUCAUCGUUUCAUAUUCCAUGUUUUAAAAUCUAUUCAACCGCUCAGUUCAGUGAUUUCCUUCACUUUAAGAUAAAGUAGAGAUCAAUGACACUCAAUUAUCCUUUAAAGACAAUUGAAGUGUGUUAAUAGUGAGUGUCAGUCUGUCUGUGUGUCCAGCUGUCCCAGAGUUUCACGCCCUAGUCGGAGAUGAGGCUGCACAGGAGCUGCAGAGCAGUAUCGGGGAGGCGCGCCGCAUCUCGCUGGCCCUCAAGAAGUGCUUCACCCGCAUGAUGAACUGUGAGAAGAAGGUGUUUGUGGACCAACUCAACAUGCUGGUGAAAAGAGUCACUGAGGAUGGUGAGCAUUAUACAAGUAUUUUAUUUUUGUGACACCUUACACUUCCUCAUGUAGCUAGACUCCAACUAGCCUGGUCCCAGAUCAUUUUGUGCUGUAUAGCCACAUUCUGUGGUUAUUGGCAUGACAACGACCAAAUGAGUUGGCAAAAAAAGCACAAAACUGAUCUGUGACCAGGCCAGGCCCCAACUUUCUUUGCGAAAAGCUCCAAUGAAGUGUUCUCUUUAUACAAUCGAUAAUACAUGACUAUGAAUGUGGGUCUAAAUUAUAUUCUCCUUGCGAUUGUAUAUUUUCUACAGCAUAAUGCUCAGUCAUGUUUUCCAAAGGACCUCUUGCACCAAUACAUCUUUGUGUGUGUAAUAGUCAACCAUUUAUCCAGGUUAGUCUUCUUGAGAUACGCGUCUCUUUCACAAGAGAGACCUGGGUUGUGUUCAAUAAGCACUAAACAGGGAGAGAAAAAAAGUGACUCAAAUAGGGAGGUACUUGUCCAAUAAGAAACACUCAUUUUCUGUAGCAAAACAGUUUUCGUUGCAUGUUCUAAUGAACGUGUCCCUGUGUUAAAGGCUUUAGUUGUACCUGUUGUACCCCGUUCAGCUGCUGCAGGGAAGGACACACCGGGCAGUAACGGAGAGCUGCUGCUCCGCCUCCACUCCCAGUAUCCGGGUGACAUCGGCUGUUUCUCCAUCUACUUCCUGAACCGCAUGGUGCUGGAGCCCGGCCAAGCUAUGUUUCUGGGAGCCAAUGAGCCGCACGCGUACCUCUAUGGAGGUCAGGGGUCAACCAAUCAGCUUCUUGGAAAGAGUUAACUAGAUGUGUUAAAGUAGUGUAUUGAUGAGGAUAAUAAUAAAACAAUAGGUUAGCUAUUGUUUAUUGGGGUGGUAAUGCGCACAUCCAUAAAAACACUUGUCCCUGGUGCUGGAUUAGUCAGAGGAUAAUGUAGAACUAAAAACGAAUCCUCACUGGUAUAUGGUCCCAAAGUGUAGAGCCUUUAACUGAUUAAACUUUGGGAGCUAUACCAGUGUGUAUGUUUUUUUAAAUCAAUAAUAAGAUCAGCUAUUGAAAUACCUAUUGAAUCUUAUGAUACAUUUAUGAUACCUUUUAUAAUAUGACGUAUUAUAUGUCUUUAUUAUAUUCAUUAUAGUAUUUUAUGUUGUGUAAAGUUACAAUGAAUCUCAAAUACAGAACUGUGAUAAUUCUCUGAAUCUUUUUUUGAAAAUUAACUUGAAAGAAGGCAUCCUAUCCUGUCUCUUUCUCACCCUAUCGCUCUCCAUGCUAUUCAGACUGCGUCGAGUGCAUGGCCUGCUCAGACAACACGGUGCGCGCCGGUCUGACGCCCAAGUUCAUCGAUGUCAGCACCCUGUGUGAGAUGCUGAACUACAGCCCGGCUCCGGCCAGCGCCAAGAUCUUCCCCUCCAUACAGGACCCCUCAGACCCCUUCGUCUACCUCUAUGACCCCCCUGUCCCCGACUUCACUGUCAUGAGGAUACAGGUAUUUACUUAUUUAGCCUGGUCCCAGAUCUGUUUGUGCUGUCUUGCCAACUCCAUUGAUCAUUGUCACGCCAGACAACACAAACAGAUCUGGGAGCAGGCUUCAAUCAGUGUGUCUAAUUGCAGCUUUGAUUAUAUGCCUGUGUUUCUAUAUCAAUUAUACUCCGCCUUGACAGUAAUCUCUUGUUUGAAUGGUUCUCUUGUAGUAAGCCGUUGCCAUAUUUGUUCCAGUGUGGCUCAUAUUAUGUAAAAUGUAGGCGUCCCAUGUAAUGUUCUCUCCCUUCCUCCUCCUCUCCCUACUCAAUCUCUCUCCCGCCCCCUACUCCCUCUAUCUCUACCUCCUUCUCCUCCAUCCCUGCUCCCCCUCUCCUCCCCCCAUCCCUUCCUCUCUCCCUCACCAGGUACCAGUCUCUGUCAAGCAGUACACGGUGGCCCCGGUGGACUGUGCGGGUAUCCUGCUGGUGAUUGAGGGUGAGGCCACUGCCACCUCUGCCCUCUCUGACAUCACCCUGAGGCGGGGUACCGUCCUCUUCAUCUCAGCCAACGAGAGCGUCUCCCUGCACGUCACCUCCCCCUGCGGAAUGACCAUGUAUCGGGCCUGCAGUCUCCUGUAG